UUUGGAUGAAUCGGUCGAGCUGGGCUGCUGCUUUUCACUCUAAUUGAGCACAAGUUGUCCGACCAAGUUUCACUAAAGGAGUCGUGGAAUAGCCGGAGCAGCGAUGGAUCUUUGGAUAGCCCGGUUCUGCUGUGUACUGUUGAGCCUCUUCGCAGGUUUGGUCUCAGGUCUAGAGAUUACAUCUACAGGACCGACAUCCAUAGAGAAGGCCAGCGGUCAGAGUGUGAAGCUGGACUGCCAGUUUACUCUGGCCCCUGAAGACUCUGGACCGCUGGAUAUUGAAUGGAGCUUGCCGUCAUCCGACAACCAGAAAGAGGACAAAGUGGUGAUCCUGUACUCAGGCGACCGGGCCUACGAGGACUACUAUGAACCCAUGAAGGGUCGAGUCCACUUCAACUCAGCCGAUCCCAAAAACGGCGACGCUUCCAUCAACCUGACGGGGCUGAAGUCGACAGACUCAGGCACCUACCAGUGUAAGGUGAAGAAGGCUCCCGGCAUCCGCAGCAGGAAGAUGCUGCUGAUCGUCAUGGUGAAGCCGUCCAAGCCCAGGUGCUACACCGAAGGCCCCACAGAGGAAGGCAAAGACAUUGUGCUAAGGUGCAUAUCCAGCGAGGGCACCAGCCCCCUGCAGUACAACUGGGAGAAGACCAGUGACUCCAAGCUGCUGCCCGCCUCUGCUGUGUUGGAUCCUGUGGGAGGCACCGUUAACGUGAGGAAUGCAUCUGCCGGCGCAUCUGGCACCUACCGCUGCACUGCCACCAAUCGUGUUGGCUCUGAGGAAUGUGUACUAUAUCUCAAUGUAACACCUCCUCCCAACACUGCAGGCAUCAUUGCAGGAGCCAUAAUUGCUGUCCUCCUGAUCCUCCUCAUUAUUGCCAUCAUCCUCUUCUGCUGUUGCCGUGCUCGUCACAGGAAGAAGUACGAGAAGGAAAUCUGCAAUGAGAUAAGAGAGGAUGUGCCCCCUCCCAAGAGCCGCAUUUCAACAGCGCGCAGCUUCACCGUGGGCAGCCAGCGCUCCUCCCUGGGCUCCAUGUCGCCUUCCAACCUGCAUGAGUACGCCCCGAAGUCCCAGUACGACAAGAUUCCCUCAUCAGAAGAGUACGAGAGGCCACCGAGCCACGCACCUGUGCCCCCACCCUCUGGUGCCAAGAUGGCUGGCCCCAACCUUAGCCGCAUGGGGGCCAUCCCUGUCAUGAUCCCUGCCCAGAACAGGGACGGCUCAAUUGUCUAGCAUGUCCUUUUCUUGAGAAGGGACCGCGAAACGAGGGGAGGGAAUGAAGUGAAGGGAGUAGGACACAAGCCAGUGAAGACGGAGCAAGAGCUGGGAUGAGCUGACUCACCUGACUUUUAGCUCUUUAUUAUUUACAAAUGGAUGAAUGCUCCUCGUAUGAGGACCUGGCUCUGCUGUGGUGCUGAGAAGAGAAAAUGAGUUGUACUGGAAUCACAACAGAGCACAUUAACUUUUUAUCAAA